GGGCUUUUCUUCUUUGAUUGUUGACUUUUGUGAGAAGUAAAAUAUAAAAAAUAAUUCACAAACAAAACAACCCAAAAAUUAAAGAGUAGAGAUUAAAUAUUUUAGACUGUUUGUAAUCAACAAAAACGAAUAACAACAGCAAAAUAUUGGAUUUAUUCAACGCCGCUAGCGUUUAUACUUGCAAACAAAGUUGAACAAAGUUAAAAUCCGGCUCCAUGUCGGACUGCAAUAAUGACUGAACCACAAAGAAGUGCGAGGAACUCAACAGAUUUGAAAAAUGAGGAUGGAUAUGAAAUCUCUAUUCCCUUUGAAGAAACUAAUGCAGACCAGACUGGUUUCUACAACGAGAAUGACCACAUGUUUGACGAAACCGUAUCAGGACAAACCGCUCCCUGCAACCCAUACCUGCUGAUUUCUAACCUUCGUGCCCAGCUGCAGAUCUCUCUGGAGAAGAACUCAUGGCUACAGAAACGAAUAGAGGACCUGGAAGAGGAAAGAGACUUCCUGCGCUGCCAGCUUGACCGCUUCAUUUUCACCACUAAGAGUCAGGAGAGGAACGAGCUUCAGCCUGAGGUUUCCCAACAACCCGUAUCCCAGAAGACCGUCCUACGCAGGGCUGCUACUCCGUCUACACGGCCCAUGAUGACUCGCUCUGGACAAGCGCGCAGCCAGACCCUAAAGCGGAAAAAGAAAAACAGUGUCCAAGAUGAGGAUGAGGAGGAAGUGAUAGAGGAAGAAGAGUAUAUAGAGGAGGAUGGCUACCUCGAAGAGGAGGAGGUCAUUUCCAAUGACGAUGAUGACUCGGACAGCAAAAGCUGCAAGAGAAGCCGGACUAAAAGCAGAUCGAAAGCCGGGCCGACACGAGUGAAAAGAACCCGAGUGUUUCGCAUUGCACGUGGGAUGGAGAGACAAAGAGUGAAAGACCCUGCUGGAGUUCUGUUCCGCUACAAGAAGAUUCUGGUGACGUACCAGAAGCUGAAGAGCAUGUCCAGAGCUUUCCAGGUCCACGGGGUCGACCGCAACACCGUAGCCUCCACCACUCCCAUCGCCGAGCUGCUCCUGGUCGCUCCGGAGAAAGUGGAAGAAGUCGGAGAGUUCGAUUCCGCCAAGGAGAAGCUUCUAGACUACGCCCGGCGCUGCUACAAGGCCCUUGACGAGACCGCUCACGCCAAGGUGCAGGCCUUGAAGAAAAACAACCUCCUGCUGCCCAUCUCUUAUAGAUUCAGGAACUGAUGCACUAAAUAAAAAACGCUGCAAAUGAAAGGAGGGAUGAAGGUCGCUGAUUAAGUCUCGCAGCAUCGACGCAAAGAACUGCACUGGGUUUAUUUUUUUUUCUACCUCAGCUUUUGGUUAUCAUUUAGACUGCAAAACAUUCCCAAACAGUCCAGUAGCAUCGCUGGGGUUGUAAUAAAGGUCACUCUUGUUUUUAGUGCUCGGGGGAACCGAAGUCUUGGACUGAGCUCAGAUAUCCGAGUAAGAAGAAGGGAGGGAGAGAUAAGCAGAAAAGGAACAAAGGGACAGACCGACUGAAUCUAAGCCUUCAGUUUGAGACGUAACCUCCUGACGAAAAUCACUGUAUUUAAAGACUCUGUAUAUAUUUUUGUACUCAUUUGGGUUUAAAAAAAAAAAAACAUUCUGUUUUGGUUAACACUGUAACGUAGCUUCCUUAAUUAUGUGAACGCUCCUGAUUUCCGAUUAUGUAAGAGAUCGAACCGUGCUCUUGUCCUGAGUUUGAAGGCAUGUCAAGGAGAAGAUCUGCAGACUUCAUUACCAGCGUAAUGAGAUUUAUUUGAAGAACCGACAGUUUUGUCUUGUGGGGCUUGUUUAACCUUCAGAUGGUCAGAAGUAUUUUUGCUAAAACUAUAUACAUGUGUAUAUAUAUUAUUUUUUUUAUACCGUAACACAUCUUCAGUAGUAUUGUACAGUCUUACACACAUUCCUGAUUAUGUAGAGCUAAGACCAAAGAUGGUGUCGUGUUGUGUAGUUGUGUAGUGAUCCUCAGGGAUGGAGCUCACGCAGUCUGAUCACUAAAACUGUAACUCUUCAUUCUCUGCCUUCUGAUAUGACUUUAAGUCUUUAAUACACUGUUCCAAUCCCGAGUCACUGACCUCCUUAAUGCCUGUGAUUAAAGGACGAGCGUUUGGCUCCGUGAUCCUUUUUUUUUUUUCUUUUUUUUUUUUUCAGUUAAGUAUCAUUUUGUAAUUCAGAGAGAAUCUGUAUGUUUCUCUGUUUGUCUUUUUUUUUCCCUCCCCAUUUCUCUAGAGGAGAAUAAACCGUAUGUUCAUUUCAGAUACGAAUUUACUUCUUAGGAAAUAUCACGUUUUGUAUAACAUCAUCACACGAGUCUGCCAUCACAGCACUAUGAUGUAAUCAGUGUCAGGUUUCUUUACGCUACAGCGUGGGAGAUUUAUUGUUUGUGUAUUAAAUUCAGCCGCGUGCGCACUUUGUCUCCCGCGACCUUGACGGGCUUCGAUCCCAUCGGUAGUCCACAGUGUAGACACGCCCACUUCUAGCUCGCUGUGAUUAACAUUUGCGGCUGAUUAUCUGCGUCUUAAUCUUUUCUGAUAUGCGAUAGGAUCACGAAGAAUCAUACGUGAGUUUGCUGAGUCGAUCAGGACCAACACUUUAUAUCUGAGCCACGCGAUCACAUUACAUCAGUGGGGAAAAGAGAGGAGCGGAUAGAGGCACGGGUCAUUAACAAUGAUUGGAUCCACACUUUAAAAAAAGAAAUCAUGGCGACACGGUGGAUAAAUGUAUGGGAAUAAAAAACUGCGUGUGGUUCAGUGCAUGAAUCAAAUGUCAGCAUUCGUAUAAAAUGACUUGAAGGAAACUGAUCAGAGACUCAAUCAGAAAGGAGAGUUAUUCAUCUUCAUUUCAACAGACAGCACACACACACCUCUCCUGUUCUCUCUCUCUCUCUGUGUGUGUGUCUGUCUCUGUGUGUAUCUCUCUUUCGCUGUCUGUCUCUCUCUCUCUGUGUGUCUCUCUCUCUGUCUUUCUGUGUCUCUGUAUAUCUGUG